AUGGACAAAAAAAAUGAAAAGACUUAUGAAAGCAAACCUAAAGAUAUCAAAUGCACAGAAAAAGUGGAGGCUGGGCUAAUUCAAAAUGGUUUGCUUUCAAAUAACUCUGGUUUUAUAACUAAUGGCUAUGUGAGCAAAGGUGCAGAGAAUGAUGGCAGUGGGUCUGAGAGUGGAUAUGCCACACCCAAAAAAAGGAAAGCUAAGUGUACCAAUGCGAAGCCUGCUGAGAACUCCAACCUUCUGACUGGCAAAAUGUCAGACCCUGAAAUUAGGCUGGAUUCUGACAACAUAAAAUCUGAUGGUUUUGCAGAGCAGAAGGGAGGAGCUCGACUGGACAAUGGUAAAGCCUCUUGGAAAUGUGAGUCUGGAUCUACAGGCACCGGUCGGGGAAAACCAAACUCUGGUGAUAUACAGAGGAAAAACUCAGAUGCCAAACCUAUUGCUGGAAAAAAGUUUGAUGACCGGCCCAAAGGGAAGGCUUCUCCAGUCACUUCUAAAGAGGACUCCUGGACACUGUUUAAACCACCUCCUGUUUUUCCUGUUGACAAUAGUAGUGCUAAAAUAGUUCCCAAAAUAAGUUAUGCAAGCAAAGUUAAAGAAAACCUCAACAAAGCAGCCCUGAACAACUCUGUGUUACCCUCUUCCCUUCCAUUCUCUUCUCAAGCUGGGGAAACUCCAGCUUCGAACUGUGUGUCCCAGGUUCCCAUGUCUGCCAUGAAGUCUGUAUCUACAGUUAACUUUGCCAAUGGGCCCCUUUUAGUAGGAGCUGAUGGGGGUUUUAUGGCUGCUGCUGCUGCUAGUACUGUAUCACACACACUGCCUGGGGGAGCAGAGCCUUCGUCUACAGAAUCCUCUCCUGCCUCUUCAAAUCCCCCUGAACAAAAGAAGUCUGGCCUUUUUACGUUUUCUUCAAAUAUGCAACAUGCCCUGCCUGAGGUGGUGCAGGGAGAAUCGUCUGGACAGUCAAAUAAACAUAGCUUGGGAGAAAUUUUCCAGAAUCAGUGGGGCUUGUCUUUUAUAAAUGAACCUAGUGCUGGCCCUGAGGCUGGAACAGACAAAACAGAGGUUGGGGCUAUGAUCUGGGAGCACCCUACCCCACAGGUUUCACAGGGGGCUGAAAUAGUUUCCUCAGGAAAUGAGCGCCCAGUUUUCCCCAAGGCCUAUGAGCUGGAGAAACGGACUAGCCCUCAAGUUCUGGAUGGUGCCACGCUGAAAGCAGCUCAUGGGUCAGGGGGAGAUGGGACUGUGUUAUCUUUAGAACCACAACAUUUAGGAGAGCUGCAAAAGCCAGAAGCUGCUAGCCAGGGUUCAUUAGUGUUUCAGUCCAAGGUCUUGGAAAUAGAAGUAACUCUUCAGACCUCCCUGAAAAACACUUUACAGACCUCCGCCAAAGAUAAGAGGUACCACGGAGAUCUUGAUUGCAAAGAUAGCUGGGGUUCUUUUGACCUGAGGGCUGCUAUUAUCUAUCACACUAAAGAAAUGGAAUCUAUUUUGAAGUUGCAAAAACAAGAUCCCAAUAGGAUAAUCACUUAUAACGAAGCCAUGGACCACCCUGAUCUCUGA